UUGUCUUCUAGCCCACGGUCACGUGUCUCUGUACCUUCUCCCACAUUGUCUGUCUGUCUCCUUCAUCCCGCCUCCCUCCCUUUCUCUCGCCCCCUCGCUUGCCCGACACUCUCAUCUCCCAAGCCCGUCUCCCUCACACACACGCGGCGUCCUCCCCUCUCACACAUCUCUCCUCCUUCCUCUUCCCUCAUCUGCUGGCACAUCUCACCUUUUGCAUCGCGCUCCCCCAACCCAGCCACCUCCGCCCGCCUCCGACUCCCCCCCCCCCCCCAUCCGCCCCCCCCCCCCAUCUCCCAACACUCGUGCAUGUGCCGAUUGUCAGACGGAGCGCAGAGCAACAGUCACCUCACGGUUUGCUGGCACCAUCCGGCUUCUCGACACCGAGCGCAGCUGAGGAAGAGGACGCGGCCAUGGAGCACAGCCACAUCUUCCCCGUUGCCGCCCCCAACGAGAGCGGUCGCAGCGUCGGGCAGCAUCCCUCGGAGGGGUGUCCCCUCGGACCGCUGCCCGUCAUCUACUACAGCGUCUUGCUGUGUCUCGGCCUGCCGGCCAACAUCCUGACAGUGGUCAUCUUGUCCCAGCUGGUGCUGCGUCGUCAGAAGUCGUCGUACAAUUAUCUCCUGGCGUUGGCGGCCGCUGAUAUCACGGUCCUCCUCCUCAUUGUUUUUGUGGACUUCAUCCUGGAAGAUUUUAUUCUGGCUAUGCCACUGCCGCCGUCGCUCAACAGCGCAGUGCAGGUGUUGGAAUUCUGCUCCAUCCAUACGUCCAUCUGGAUCACUGUGCCCCUCACUGUCGACCGCUACAUUGCCGUUUGCCACCCGCUGCGCUACCACACUGUCUCCUACCCGGCACGCACGCGCAGGGUGAUAUUGGCCGUCUACCUCGGGUGCCUGCUCUCGGCCGCUCCAUACUACUGGUGGCCCGAGCUGUGGCACGGCUCGCUCGCUGCGGCCGAUGAGGGCGGCCCAGAGCGUAGCGGUCCAACUGUCGCCCAGCACGUCCUGGUGUGGGCCCACUGUGCCACCAUCUACCUCCUCCCCUGCGCCGUCUUCUUCAGCCUCAAUGCCGUCAUAGUGAGCAAGCUGCGCCGCCGCCGCAGCUGCUUCCGCAUGCGCGGCUACUCCACUGGCAAGACCACGGCCAUCCUGCUGGCCAUCACCUCUGUUUUUGCCGUGCUCUGGGCGCCCCGCACCUUCCUGAUCCUCUACCACUUCUACUCGCCGCCGCCGGCCUCGCUGGAUGCCGGGCGCCUGCUGCAUGCAUUGACCGACUUUGCCAACAUGCUGGCGUUGCUCAACACGGGCGUCAACUUCUUCCUCUACUGCUUUAUCAGUAAGCGUUUCCGGGCCAUGGCGGCCAACGUGCUUCACGCGCUGCUCCGUUGCCGCAAGCAGCCGCAGCCGUUCUACGCCAGCCACAAUUUCUCCAUCACCAGCAGUCCAUGGAUUUCACCGGCAAACUCCCACUGCAUCAAAAUGUUGGUGUACCAGUACGACAAAAAUGGAAAGCCUAUUUGCAUUUCCUCCUGAGGGCUCAGUGGAGGGUGCUUCGGGGCUUUCUCACUCUUGCCUGCACAGGACGCUUUGGGAAAAGGUCAGCUUGCACGGCAGGAACAGCAGUGACGCUUGAGCUAGCUAUGAGCCAAAACAAAGCGUCUAGACAAAAUAGCUUGUGUUUGAAGCAACGAUGUUGGAACCAGCAUCUCUUUGCAAAAAAUACGUACAUUCUCCAGACUCUUGCUCUAGACCACGGACCGAUAUCCUAUGCCCGUGAAUCGUAGCGGCCCCAUGGGAGGCAUCACAGGCUUGGCCGCAAUGAGUUCGCCGCUCGGUGCGCUACGCCAGGAGUCCCCAAUCCCCGGUACUGGUCCGUGGGUCACUUGGUACCGGGCCGCCAAGCCGUACAGGAAAAAAAAAACAU